AUGCCACCGAUAUUACGGACAACGCCGAGUUUCGUGUACAAGAUACAGGGGCAUCGGCUCGCCGCAUACAGCAGCAGCAACAAAGACGCCGUUAAAAUGAAGAACGACAAGAUGAAUACAAAUAUCCAAACUGCACAACAACACUUGCAGACAGUGUACUUGGCUUGCCGGACCAUAUUCUCGGGGCCCCAUGCGAACAUCCGAAACCGCCGUACUGUUGCCAAACAUCUCACGCCGGCCAAGGCAACUUCCCAUCCUCUGCUUAAAGGCAUGGAUGCUACCGCUCUUACCGAUUCCGCUGAAAGCCUCCUACGUCAAGGAGUGUUUGCAGACGAAACCUUAGCCAAGAACAUGUUCCCAGACGUUUUCGAGGCAGCAGCUUCUGUCUCUCCAGGUGACAAAACCGCUUCUGUUGACACUAUGGCCUCUUCACACAAAGUCCAAUCUGCCGGUAGAGGUGGGCAGAUCAAAACGAGAGAAAAGACAACAAAUAUAAAAGCACAAGAGGUAGAUGAAAAAAUUGGCAAGCUUGCUGUCAUGGGUGCUCUUCCUACGCCGGCAAAGCCUUCAGCCGGAAAACUAGAAGAAACUACUGUCAAGUUCACCACUCUGGCGGGAAACGACGAGGGAACAGGGAACAGAGUGGUCGCAGGAAAGCCUCAAUUGUCUUCUACUACUGGCAUUAAGGCUACUGCCAUGCAGGUAGCCACCCAGGUCUCACUUAACAGUAUUGAUGAUAGCCAGAGCGUCAACAGGUCCACAUCCCAGAGAAAGUCCCUGGUUGAGAAGUACCCGACGUUAGCCACAGGGACGUUUCCCUACCAAGCCCAGCAUGCCGUUCUAACACGGACCCAGCAGCUGCUCGAGGAUUGCUUCUACGAUUUUGCUAGGAAACAUUUUCCUGAUCUUAUGAAAGCCAGGAACUGGGACAGCGCAGCCUGCGUCGAACUUUCGGAAUGCACCAAGAUUUUCCAGAAGCCGGGCCAGGAGCGCUCCAAGCUACGCAAUACGGACGAAGUGGCAGAUGGGGAGCAACUAGACGAGGUCCUCCACGCUAUGAACACAAUCCGUAACUCGACCGUUCACCGGAACCUUCACCCAGCACGAGGCCUGAGCUGGCUCAUGAAAAAAGCUGUUCAAUUUACUGAGAUUACACAGGACAAUGCCCGGGCUGAACGGCUGGUGGAGGUUCACACCGUGGUGGAAGAUCUCUUGACUCAAAUGGAAACUAGAGAGAACGAACUAGACGCCUGGAUGUCAGGGGCGAUGCAUGAGAUCCAGGAGAAGCGCGGAUGGCUCGAUACCAUGGAGGCAGAUCUGUGGCGGCAAAUGCACGCACGGGACAAAAAGAGCCGGCAUUACACCCAGGAGUGCCUGAAAGCUGCAGCCUUGGACAUCUUUGAGAAGCCUAUGAAAAAGAUAGAGCAAGUGAAGGGACAAGAAGCUUCAGUGACAGCCCAUCACAAGAUUUCUCGGGCCCAAGAACAGACUCCGGUCAAUAAGCCAUGGUCGCUGGUGAACUUUUUGCGCAGCAAGAAUCCUUUUCUCUAG